CCAAGUCGCGCCCUUUAAAAGCCUGCGUUUCGACAGCGCUGCCAGUCAUUCCUCCUUCAGUAUUCGGAGAAGCUAUACGUCCGCUUGUAUCUGUAUUUUGUGUGUGUUUGUGACUCAACAGCAUGGCCCCGAUUCAGAUGUACGCUCCAUCCCCUGUGCAGGAACAAUCCACCUCAGCGAGUGACCGUAUUGGCACAUUUAGAAGCUUUGAGGAACGUAAUUCGCAAGAAAACCAUAGGCCUACUUUUAGCGAGGACAACCAGUGCUACAAGGUACAGAUUCCCUGCAGUCAGCUGCUUUUACGAGCACGCCAUGUAAAAUACGACCAAACUACUUCAUUUACACUACAACCUCGGGUGUCUCCUUCUCCUGCCCAGAUCGUGGUGGACGUGGAGGCCUUCAUGGAGAGCGGCGUGAGGUUCGACGUGGUGAACGAGAACGAACUGAUCAUCGAGAGCUGCGCGGAGAACGGCGAAGGGAACUCCGUCUCGAGGAAGGGCCUCUACCGCCGGUUCCGCUUCCCGAGCCUCGUCAGUGUUGAUACUGUGCGAUCAGUGUUGUCCUGCGACGGCAUCCUUACCAUCACCGUAGCUAAGAAGGUAACAUCUGAUUCAAGUAUUGGAGACAUUUCGUAGCUUUAAAGAAACCGGAUUGAACACAAAAUUAGAAAGCUCGUCUCAUGUGCGCGGCUGAACAUUCAAGACGCCGGCGAAUGAACACGCCGGAGAUGGAAAAGUCUUCUUGAGAAAAAAAGAUCUUGGGGAAAUCCUCUCGAGAAAAGGCUUUUGUAAUUAUCUUCGCCAGGAGUUGCUGUCGAUGUUAUUCUCAGGAACGUCCUUGGCUUAUAUCAAAACACCAGACUGAAAAAUACCGUAUUUCCCGCCGGAGGUGCGACGACGCCUUGAGUGGAUGCGCGAAAAAGUGCGCCUCCGCUCAGUGCUGGCGAGAUUCAUGUCAUGUGCGAUUCAGGUAAAAGUCUGGUCUAAUUACGGACUUUGAAAAAAGUAAAUUAGUUAGGAAAGUUAACGAUUAUUCAGUGAUAUGUUCGAAAUAACUGAACAUCACAAUUUAACUCAAGUCCACUCCUCAGUUUCAAGUGCGCCACGUUAUUAGAUACAUUAGGCGCAGACAAGUUCGUUUGUAAUGCAAGGACAGAGACCUCUCUUAACGUCCUUUUCAAACUCUGGCCAAAGAAUGACUGAUUUGCAAAAACUAUUCAUAUAGAAACAUUCUAGCAUACAGAUAUACGCACUUCACUUCUAAAUUAUAUAUUUUUAUUGAAUGUCUCCAUAGGAGAUAAUGCAUUUUUUACAAGAUAGAUGAUUUGGGCGUUAUAUGCUGGCACUUACAAUAGUUCAAACAUUCUAGCAUACAGAUAUGCGCACUCACUUCACUUCUGAAUUAUAUAUUUUUGUUGAAUGUCUUUAUAGGAGAUAAUGCAUUUUUUUUUACAAUAUUGAUAGAUAAUUUGGCCGUUAUAUGCCAAUGACGGUAUUGCUCCAAUAAGGCAAAAGUUUACUGCAAAUUCCAUAUACAUUCGGCCCUUGAAAUUUUAAUUUGUCUAAUUCACAGAGGAAAUAAAUACAUGUGGAACAUCAGUGCUCUCCUGGUCUUAGAAAACACGUUCGACUAGAUUCGUAUUGGAUUGGUGGAAUUUGGGAGAUGAAGAAGCAAAUCGAUCACUGCAAGACAGAUUCCAGCACAAGUGCCUAUAAGCACUGUGAUGGCACUUGUAAAAUUAUUGUUAUUACACUGCCUGCAAGGCUUCAUUUACAUCCAUUGAUGGCAUUCCUUAAUAAAUGCAAUAUGCCCC